AUGCCUCAAGAAGUCACCCACCAAGAGCUCUCUCCUCAAGAUUCCACCUUCAUGUUCAUCCACGCCCUUCAAGAACAAUUGGCCAAGUCUGAUUUCGUGAGCGGCAUCAACAAAUCCAGGGACUUACCUGCACCGGCUUCCUCCUCGUCACAACCGUCACAAAACUCCUCAGCCCGGUAUCCGGCAUCUUCGUCGACGCAGACGAAUUCGAAGCGACUUCCUCCUUCGGUCUCGUCUUCAUCUUCAGGAAGCAGACCAUCCGGCAUUGCAAAAUGGACCGAUCCCGAUGCUCCGGGGGCAAGGAUAACGAGGCUCAAACCUCCGAAGCAGACAAAAUAA